AUGGAAUGCUCACUUGCAAAUCAGGACGAAUCUCCACCAACAAAGAGAAGAACCACGUCUGAAACAUCUACUUUGAAGUCAGCUUCUUCAUUUGAGGAUACAGCUGCAGGUGCAAGUUCAGAGAUCAGCAUGCUGGCUUCCAAGUUUUCUGAAAUGUUAAGCGAGAGAGCUGCUGCAGAUCACGCCCAGAUGAAGGAGUUGGAGGGCAUUUUGACCGAAGCUCGAAACCUGGAAUCCUACCUAAAAGAGAAGAAACGCCAUCUGAGGCAAACACUGGCUCUGAUUUCUGAUAAACUGCAGGGUUAAAUGUGCUUUACGGCCUGUGAUGUAGCAGACAUGGUUUAUUUUAGUUAUAUGAAUAGCUUUGUUUGUGCAUUGAAAAACAACCAUUCUACAGUUAAUCUAGUUACAAUGUGUACUGUGUGACUAUUGAUAAGUAAUAAUACUUUCAUUGUCAUAGGCUUACUGCGUUUAAAACUCAACAUGAACAAGAUUUUAUUUAUUCCUCUUUAAAUCGCUGCAGAAAUAAUCACACUUUCACUGUUGAUGCUUCACUCCAGCCUUAUAUGUUGUGAUAUGACUGAUUAAAUGCCACUGUUUUAAAUA